CCGCCGCCUGCUUUGUUUUGGUUCACUCGCCUCGCCAUGCAGGCCAAGCUCCGCAAACUGCUGCUGCGCUGCCUCCUGGCGCUGCCCCUCGUCCUGCUGGUGGACUACUGCGGCCUGCUGACGCACCUGCACGAGCUGGACUUCGAGCGCCACUUCCGCUACCCGCUGGGCGAGGCCGCCGGAGGGUCCGGCCUGCAGCGCUUCGCCUACCUGCGGGUGCCCUCGCUGGGCGCGGAGGUCCGGGCGGACCAGCCGCCCCGCCUCACGCUGCUGAUCAAGAGCGCCGUGGCCAACGCGCAGCGGCGGGAGGCCAUCCGGCGGACGUGGGGCUACGAGGGCCGCUUCUCGGACGUGCACCUGCGGCGCGUCUUCCUGCUGGGCAGGGGCCGGGAGAGCGAGAAGGACGUGGCCUGGGAGGCGCGCGAGCACGGCGACAUCCUGCAGGCGGACUUCACGGACGCCUACUUCAACAACACGCUGAAGACCAUGCUGGGCAUGCGCUGGGCCAGCGAGCAGUUCAACCGCAGCGACUUCUACCUCUUCGUGGACGACGACUACUAUGUGUCGGCCAAGAACGUGCUGCGGUUCCUGGGCCGCGGCCGGCGCAGCCACCAGCCGGAGCUGCUGUUCGCGGGCCACGUCUUCCAGACGUCGCCGCUGCGCCACAAGUUCAGCAAGUGGUACGUCUCGCUCGCCGAGUACCCCUUCGAUCGCUGGCCUCCCUACGUGACCGCCGGCGCCUUCGUGCUGUCGCGCCAGGCGCUGCUGCGGCUGUACGCGACCAGUGUCCACCUGCCGCUCUUCCGCUUCGACGACGUGCACCUGGGCAUCGUGGCCCUCAAGGCGGGCGUGCCGCUGCAGCACUGCGACGACUUCCGCUUCCACCGGCCGGCGUACCGCGGGCCGGACAGCUACAGCGCGGUGAUAGCCUCGCACGGGUUCGGCGACCCCGAGGAGAUGAGCCGCGUGUGGAACGAGUGCCGCUCCGCCAACUACGCGUAGCACGAGGGCGGCAGUCCUCCGCCCAUUCCCGUCGAGAGUGUACAUACGGAUGAGCCGCCACCUAGGCAUAGCAGCCUUGUCAAAGUUACCUAGAGCCCUGUACUGAUGGAUGAUGCCUCUGGAGGAUGUCGAUCCAAGCAAUUGGUGGCUAUUCAUUUUCGUUGUAGGAGUAAUUGUAAAGCCUUUUUUGUACUGAGUUAACUUUGAUUUAUCCCCUAGUGUGCAAACUAUAACUAUAAGAACUGAGCAACUGCAAGCUUGUGCAAUGUAAUGCCUUUAAGUGCAGGCUUAGUUUGAUUAAAGUUGAACGAUAAUAAGUACUAGCUGUGCCACCGGGUGCAUCUUUAUUGCUUACAAGUGAUUCCUUUUGUUUCUUGAAAAAUCAAACCCACAACCAAGUUUCCAAGACAAAUAAACGCCUGAAGCUUACAAGUUGAGUG